AUGCCUCAAAAAUCUCUCCGGUUUCUCCUUCGCUCAUCCACGCAACAAGCAGUCCAAAGGUACCAAGGCGGCCAUGCGGAGUCGCACUUCCGCACCUCGCAGCACUGCUACUCGCUGGAGGUGGCAUCGCAGCGCGUGUGGGACUACGUGGGCGACGCCUUCGUGCACCGCCUCGUGCUCUUCAAGACCGAUGGCAAACUCGUUGAACUCCCCGCCCCGGGGGACGUGGGGGUGGGGGGACGGGGCGGAGGGGCAGAGGGAGGGGGUGGUGGAGGGGGAGGAGGUGCGGGAGAUGGGCGUGUGGGAAGGGAGGGCGGGACCGGUGGUGCUAGGGAGGGGAGUGAUGGGGAGGGGAAAGAGAAAAGGGGGAGUGGGGGAGUGGGGAGUGCAGGGGGGGGGGGAGGAGGGGAGGGGGGGCGAGUGUGUAGUGGCCUACGAGUGCACGCACCUGCUCACCUCGCCUCCUUGUACUCAUUACCUCCUCACCCCUCCUCCUCCCCCCACAUCUCUCUUCUACCCUCCUUCCCCGUAUUCCCCCCUCCCUCCCCCAGGUGGCUUACGAGUACACACACACCUGCUCAGCUCGAUAUAUUCACCAUGCACCUUCCGUCCCAUAUCCUUCUCUCCCCACCUCCUUUCUCCCCGAUCCUUCCCCCCCCUUCCCCUCCCCACCUCCUUCCCCCCCGCUCCUUCCUCCCCCCUCCUCACCCUUUCCUCCCCCAGGUGGCCUAUGAGUACACACACCUGCUCACCACGCAGCUGGACUCACAACGACUGUACUUUGAGGGGCUGUUGGCAGCAGCCAAGGGCGAGAGGGACGAGGCGGUGGCAGCAGCAGAGGCGGCGAGGGAGAGUGUGAAGGUGCAGAAGCUGCAGUCUAGACUGGAGCGCGCCGAGCAGGAGAAGGAGUUUCUUAGGCAGGUGAACGACUCGCUGAUCAAGAACCAAAAGCAGUGGCAGGAGAAGUUCAAGCAGCAGGAGGAGAGGGUGGGACAGGAGAAGGCAGCGGUAGCUGCACGCGAUGAGAAGAUCAGAGACCUGGAGGAGCAGGUGAGAGGAGAGGAGCAGGUGAGAGGAGAGGAGCAGGUGAGAGGAGAGGAGCAGGUGAGAGGAGAGGAGCAGGUGAGAGGAGAGGAGCAGGUGAGAGGAGAGGAGCAGGUGAGAGGAGAGGAGUACUUGAGGGGGCGAUGUGGCAGAGGAGCAGGUGAGAGGGAGUUUGCCAUUGUACCUGAGGCGCAGAAGAUAGUGGAGCGAGAAGGGGGGGCGGGGGUGUGUUCUGACUGGCAGUGUGAUGAGGCGUGCAUGAGGCACCUGUGCAUCACUGCUCUUCCAACUGCCCCACCCCCACCCUCCCCUCCCUUCGCAGGUGCGGGAUCUGAUGGUGUUCAUCGAGGCGCAGAAGAUAGUGGAGCGAGAGGGGGGAGCAGGAACAGCAGAGGGCAUCAGGGAGGGCACUGUGCUGGCUGUGGGGGGGGCGCCUGCUGCCGGGGAGAAAGGGGCAGGCAGGGCAAGGGGGCGGCAUGGGAAGAGGCGGUGAUGCUGCGUGUGGGAUGUCCAAACAAGGCGAGUAGUGGUGCUUGGUUGGGAUCUAGAGACGAGGAGAGCAGUGGUGGGUGGGAUGCAGAGAGGGCAGCAGAGGGCAUCACGGAGGGCACUGUUGUGAUUGUGGGGGGGCCGCCUGCUGGCGGGGAGAGAGGGGCAGGCAAGGCAAGGGGGCGGCAUGGGAAGAGGCGGUGA